GUUACUGCGAAAAAUGGCGGAACGAUUCCAUCAUCUCCACCUGAACAAACCAUCUAGCCGCAGCGAGACAGGACUUCGCAACCCUGCUCGUGUGAGGAGUAAAUUAUCUCAACGUUUUGGCUGGUGCACAAGGCGGCCAAGGAAAGCAGAUAAGAAAUGGCAUCGAUAUCGUCUUUAGUCGCCUCACAUCGUCCAAGCCUGGACCCAUACAUCGAGCUGUACAAACACUUCCACCGUAACCCGGAGCUGUCCUACCAAGAACACGAGACGGCGGCGAAGAUCAUAGAGCUGCUGAAGGAGCUUGGGUCGUUUGAGAUCUUCCCAAACAUCAGCACCGGCCUUGCAGCCGUGUGCAAGAAUGGGCCCGGGAAGACGGUCCUGCUGCGAGCCGACAUCGAUGCCCUGCCGGUGCAGGAGAAGACGGGCCUGGAGUAUGCAAGCACCAAGAAGAUGAAGAAUCUCGAGGGCGCUGAGAAGAGCGUCAUGCAUGCUUGCGGUCACGACAUGCACAUCACGUCCCUCCUCGCCGCCGCCAAGCUCCUCACUUCUUGCAGAGACGCUUGGUCCGGCACGCUGAUCCUCUGCUUUCAGCCUGCCGAAGAACGAGGCUCCGGUGCCAGAGCUAUGGUUGCAGCUGGCUUGUACACCAAGUACGUGCCAGUCCCGGACGUGGUGCUCGGCGGCCACGUGAUGCCCUUUCGCACCGGCACCAUCGGUACGCGCCGCGGCAUGAUGGCCAGCGCCGCCGAUUCAUACGCCGUCACCAUGUACGGACGCGGUGCCCAUGGCAGCCAACCCCACAGGAGCGUGGACCCCGUCGUCAUGGCGGCGCACACAGUUGUCAGGCUGCAGACCAUCCCGAGCCGAGAGACGGACCCAAGCGACCUCAGUGUCGUGACCGUGGGUGCGAUCAACGCCGGUGACGCGGAGAACAUCAUCCCGGAGACGGCAGAGCUGAAGCUCGACACACGCAGCAUCAGUCCCGUCACAAGGGAGCGAGUCCUGGCGAGCCUGACCCGCAUCGUUAACGCGGAGGCGCAGGCGUCCAACGCCCCUCGACCGCCCACCAUCACCAAGACGCGCGAGUUCCCCUUCCUCCACAACGACGACGACGCGACCGCCGCGAUCGAGUCGUCUUUUGCAACGCACUUUGGCGACGCUUACGAUGCCAACGCGCCACGCCUAGGCGGCAGCGAGGACUUCGGCGAGCUCGCCACUGCCGUGAACAAGCCCGCCGUGUUUUGGGCGUAUGGUGGCAUCGACCCCGCAUUGUGGGACAAGGCGGAGAAGGCUGGCACGCUCACGGAAGAUAUCCCCGUUAACCAUUCGCCGUACUUCGCACCUACUGUUAUGCCGACGCUGCAGAUUGCUGUAGACGCUUUCGCCGUGGCGGCGUUGACGUGGUUGAAGAACGAUUCGAGCAUAUAAUAACAUGAUAAAGGUAAACGCGUGAAAUGAAACUUGGAU